UUCAAUAGUAUUGAAUUCGCAGUUCAGUGAAACACAUGUUUGAGAUAUUGGUUUGUUUAUAAAUUGUCAUCGAGCGCACGUAUCGAUUGAUUCCUCGGCCCUCGGGGAAAAGAGCGACAAUUAUCUUCCAGUAAUCAGUGUGUUUCUACGUUUGUGAGUUGUGAUACGUGUAGACUUUUAUAUUAAUCCUCAAUUUAUUGUAUUAAAAUAAUUUGUGUUCUGUUUUUUUGCGGUGCGCAGAACCAGUGACGUACAUAGAGUAGUCCGAUUGAUUACCGACCAUGUCGCAGAUAAAGUUGAUAAGCCGCGCUAGUCGUGUGUUGUCCGUGUCCGGCGUAGGUGUACGGUCAGAAUUUAGCGGAAAAGUUUUACUACAGCUACAAGGAAAUCAUACGAGCGCUAGAACCAUGACGAGCUCUCAGAAGAAAACGCUUACUUUAGAAACAAUGAACCCAAAUAUUACAAAAUUAGAAUAUGCCGUACGUGGACCUCUAGUCAUGCGCGCCUCUGAAAUUGAAAAGGAGCUUGAAAAGGGAGCGAAGAAGCCGUUCAAGCAAGUGAUCAAAGCAAACAUCGGAGAUGCACACGCCAUGGGACAGCAACCCAUCACCUUCAUCCGACAGGUCCUCGCCUGCGUGUCGCAUCCAGACUUGCUGUCGUCGGACCACUUCCCAUCCGACGUGAAAGAGAGGGCCAAGGCGAUACUUGGCGCCUGCGGCGGCAUGUCAGUGGGCUCGUACACAAUGUCGCACGGCAUCGAGCUGAUCCGACGCCACGUGGCCGAGUACAUCGAGCGCCGCGACGGACAAAAGGCUAACUGGGAGGAUGUCUGCCUCACCGGGGGGGCGUCCAGCGGCAUCAAGAGCUGUCUCCAGCUGCUCUGCAAGAAAGUCGACGGCAAGGACUCCGGUGUGUUGAUCCCGAUCCCUCAGUACCCGCUGUACUCAGCAUCGCUGGCUGAGUAUGGGCUCGGCCAGAUCGGGUACUACCUGGACGAGGACAACAACUGGGCGCUCGACGUCAAGGAGCUGGAGCGAGCCUUCCAGGAGGGGAGCAAGACGCACGCCGUGCGAGCCAUCGUCAUCAUCAACCCCGGGAACCCCACCGGACAGGUGCUGACCCGCCAGAACAUCGAGGACAUUAUAAAGUUCGCACACAAGCACAGUCUGUUCCUGUUCGCGGACGAGGUGUACCAGGACAACGUCUACGGCGAGGGAAGCAAGUUCUUCUCCUUCAAGAAGGUGAUGCGCGAGCUGGGCGCGCCGUACGAGUCGGUGGAGCUGGCGUCGUUCAUGUCGAUCAGCAAGGGGUACAUGGGCGAGUGCGGCCUGCGCGGCGGCUGGAUGGAGCUCUGCAACCUGGACGCCGGCGUGCAGGCCAACCUCUACAAGGCCAUCUCCGCCAUGCUCUGCCCCACCACGCUCGGACAGACCGCCGUCGACUGCGUCGCGCGGCCCCCGAUGCCAGGCGAGCCAUCCUACGAUCUCUGGCACAAGGAAAAGACGACGAUACUGCAGUCACUGAGCGAGCGAGCCAAGACCAUCGCGGACACCUUCAACACUAUGAAGGGCUUCAACUGCAACGUGGUGCAGGGCUCCAUGUACGCGUUCCCCCGCGUCGACUUGCCUCCGAAGGCCAUCGAGGCCGCGAAAGCGGUCAACCAGCAUCCUGACGUAUUCUACGCGUUCCGACUGCUCGAGGAGACUGGUAUCUGCGUGGUCCCAGGUUCCGGUUUCGGGCAACGUCCCAACACGUACCACUUCCGCACCACCAUACUGCCGCAGCCCAAGCAGCUACAGGAGAUGCUGGAAAUCUUCAAAGCCUUCCAAGAAAAGUUCACCAAGGAAUACUCGUAAACACUCGCCUCACGAGCCACUAGUCACGACUGAACCAUUGUAGCUGCGAACUGGACCCGUUCUAACAUAACCUCCUCCGUCACUUGUGGCGCUAAUUAAAAAUGUAUGCUAUUUUUGUUUAUGAAACACAAGUAGCAUAUAAUUUUACGCGCGGUUUUGGUGACUGGAAGAAGUAAUUACUAUUUCGCAGCUCCAAAUGAAAGUAUCAGUAUGUGCACACGUGGGACUAGUUCCUGCUAGGUACAUUUACAUUUGUAUGAAUUGUGUCUGUACGUCGCGUCGUAGUCGACUAUAAAACGCGUGUACUUUGCGAUUUACUCAAUAUGUAUUAGCAAGUUACCUCUGAGAUUACACACUUAAGUAUUACCGUAAGUCUCAAUAUGUCAGUGUAAACUAUAUAAGGACUUAAUGUUAUCUCGAGGGUGAGUGCCAUAUUGUCCCCGGCCGGUACUCGCGUCAGCUCGUCACCGGCUGUAGCAAGCAUGCUAUUGUAUUUAUUUUAUCUAAGCACAAAACCAGUUUUGUAUAUUUUUUAAGGAAUGUGCAGCAGUACGCCCUUAUUUAAUUUCGUUUCUGUCUAAUCAAUAAAACAAUAAUAUUAUUGUGUCAUUACUCAUUAUACCUAAUUAAGGGGUUAUUUAUUACACUGUUGCUGGAAUUAGAGGCGUUGUACUUGA